ACUGUCAGUUUUGGGGGGUGGGGGCGCUCCUCCGGGUUAUUUAAGACCCGACAGACACUCUCUCAGCUAUCUCCCACUCACUCCUUACUAGUCUUCAUCUGCUCAGCUCGCACUCCGCUCAAUUUCUCACCAUGUCUCAACUCGAGGGCGCCAUGGCUGCAAUGAUCAGCGUUUUCCACAAGUACUCCGGCAAGGAGGGAGACAAGUACACCCUGAGCAACGGGGAGCUGAAAGACCUCAUCAAGAACGAGCUGGGCAACUUCCUCGGGGAUCCCAAGGACAAGGGCGCGGUUGAUGGAAUCAUGAAGCAGUUGGAUGCCAACAAAGACGGGCAGGUGGACUUCAACGAGUACAUUGUCCUGAUUGGUGCCCUCACCAUGGCGUGUAACGAUUUCUUCAAGGAUCUCAAGAAGUAGUGAGCGGAGACCCCCCCCUGAUCUGGGCUUACAAACCAGCGGACUGCGGCAUGGAGAGAGGCGCGGUGCCGGUGUCUCGGAGUGCCAGGGCGCUGCGGGCUGAUUUCUCUAAGAACCACAUACUUAAUAUAAAAAUAAAAUUCGUAACACUCUGACUCUGA